AUGUCUAAGGAUGCUAGCUGCGCCGUCCGUGGCGAAGGCAGGCGAGUGUCGAAUACUUUCGAAGCGCUUUCAACUGCGAGCAGUAUUGAUUCCGCCAAAGUAGUGGCGUCGGAAAGGAAACGCGAGCGUGAUAACGCUAAGCAAUCAGCUGCUGAAGAGCUGCUUAACAGAAAGAAGCAGAAGCGGCCCCUUUACAUGCGGGAUUACCGUGCCAGACACAAGCGAAUAAAGAUUGCAACGCGCUCGGGUGGUGCUUUGGCAGAAACGACCGUGGGUAGCAGCGACCAGGGCUCCUCUCGUAUCACGGCAAGUAGCUGCGAGCGGCGCGAGUGCGAUAUUGACGGCAACGUAUCAACGGAAGAAGCUACUAAAACGAAGAGCGCUGAAACAUCAGCUGGAGUGGCGGCGCAAGAUAAAAAGCGCAAGCAGGCUCUUUACUCGCGCAAUUACCGCGCGAAGCGCAAGAAGACUCUCGCUAGUAGCCGAGAGGGUGUAGCAGAUCGUGGUUCUAGCGAUAUGGCGCCUGCAGAGAUGGCUACAAAGCAAAACAAGUUGAAGCGGCCUGCAGAUACUGUGCGAGCAUCCCGGGCUACGUAG